AUGGGUGUUGUCUUUGUUGCUAAUGCUAUGAUCAUUGUGAGCAUCUGCAUAUUGUUGAGCAGUAAUGUAAUUGCAUCUAAUGUUUCAGAUUCGAACAGAGAAAUGAAGGCGUUGAUGAAUUUUGGAUGGCCUUAUAUCAACUCCACUGCUCCUCACUGCCAUUGGAUAGGCCUCACUUGUGAUGAUCGUGGCCGCGUUGCAGAGUUAAGCCUCAAAUCUCGAGUAAGAUGCAAUACGAGUAAAGCUUGGAAAUGUCAUGAUGUUGGCUAUUUGGAUCCGCUUGUUUUCACAUCACUCACUAGCAUUCAUCUCACCUCAUGUGGUCUCUAUGGAGAUAUCCCACCACAAAUAGGUUACCUCUCCAACCUAACUUAUCUCAAUUUGUCGAAUAAUCAACUCAAUUCCCAACUGCCUCUUUCAUUGGCAAAUCCGAGUGAGUUACGCGUUCUAGACAUUUCUGAUAACUAUAACAUUUAUGGUGUCAUUCCACCUGAAAUAGGUAGCUCAUCCAAACUUACUCAUCUCAAUUUGUCCUACAAUCGUUUAGAGGGCCACAUUCCACCCACACUGUGGCGUAAAUUUGGGAAGGAAUCGUUCCUCGGGAAUCCCAUGUUACUACAAUCAAUUGAUUCUGAAGGAGAAAGCAAACAUAUAGAUAAGUCAGUUAGAAUCUAUGUUGUAAUAGGAUUUGGCUGUGUUUUUCUUCCUUCAAUAUUACUUGGAAUAUGUUUCAUAAGCAAGAGAGCACCAGCAUCAAACAGUCAUGAUCUAAGACAAGAUCUAAGACAUGGUGACAUAUUCAAGAUAAUAAAUGAGUAA